GGCAAAUUUUCCUCCGGUUGCCACUCUUAUGUUCCAGAUGCACCCGCUCCCCUUCCUCGACGACCCGCGCCGCCUCCGCCGGCUCCUCUCGUCCUGCGCAGCGCUCCGGACACUCACCCGCCUCCACGCCCUCCUGAUCGUCUCCUCCUCCGCCUCCUCCCACCACAUUCUUUCCUCCUGCCUCGCCACCGCGUACGCCCGCGCCGGCGACCUCGCCGCCGCCGAGUCCACGCUCGCCACCGCGCCCACGUCGCCGUCCUCCAUCGCCGCGUGGAACGCCCUCCUCGCGGCGCAUUCCCGCGGGGCCUCCCCGGACGAGGCGCUGCGCGUCUUCCGCGCUAUCCCGGCCGCCGUGCGCCCCGACAGCACCACCUUCACGCUCGCGCUCUCCGCGUGCGCGCGCCUCGGGGAUCUCGCCACUGGGGAGGUCGUCAGGGACCGCGCGUCCAAGGCAGGGUACAGGAACGACAUCUUCGUGUGCUCGUCGCUGCUAAACUUCUACGCGAAAUGGGGCGCCAUGGACGAUGCCGUCAAGGUGUUCGACAGAAUGCGGAAGAGGGACCGCGUCACGUGGAGCACCAUGGUUACCGGAUGCGUGAACGCGGGGCAGCCGGUUCAGGCGAUUGAGAUGUACAUGAGGAUGAGGGAGGACGGUCUGGAGGGAGACGAGGUGGUUAUCGUCGGGGUUAUGCAGGCUUGCGCAGCAACAGGGGAUGUCCGGAUGGGGGCCUCGGUUCAUGGGUACUUGUUGCGGCAUGCUAUGCGGAUGGACAUUGUCAUCUCAACAAGCCUUGUUGACAUGUAUGCGAAGAAUAGACUGUUUGAUCAGGCGCGCCGGGUGUUUGAGCUGAUGCCGCACAGGAAUGAUGUGUCGUGGAGCGCGCUGAUCUCACAGCUUGCACAGUAUGGGAAUGCAGAUGAGGCACUUGGUUUGUUCAGACAGAUGCAGGUCUCUGGUCUUCAGCCUAAUUCAGGGCCAGUUGUUGGUGCACUAUUAGCUUGUUCUGAUCUUGGACUCUUGAAGCUAGGGAAGUCAAUACAUGGUUUCAUCUUGAGGCGGCUUGAGCUCGAUCACAUGGUAGGUACGGCAGUCAUUGAUAUGUACUCAAAAUGCGGCUCCCUGGCAAGCGCCCAAUUGCUUUUCGAUAAGGUUGUCUCAAGAGACUUGAUUUCGUGGAAUGUGAUGAUUGCGUGCUUCGGUGCUCAUGGACGAGGCCGUGAUGCCCUCUCUUUGUUCCAAGAAAUGAAGAGAAACGAAGUAAGACCUGAUCAUGCCACAUUUGCUUCUCUUUUGUCGGCACUCAGCCACUCCGGUCUCGUAGAAGAAGGGAAAUUCUGGUUCGAUUGCAUGGUUAAUGAGUAUGGAAUUGAACCUGCCGAGAAACACUUGGUGUGUAUAGUGGAUCUCUUAGCUCGUUCUGGUCUUGUUGAAGAGGCCAAAGACCUGCUGGCAUCAAUGCACACCAAACCAACCAUCUCAAUUUUGGUCGCUCUACUUUCAGGCUGUCGGAAUAACAAGAAGCUGGAACUUGGGGAGAGCACAGCAGAGAAGAUCCUUGAACUGCAACCUGGGGAUGUCGGCGUCCUUGCCUUGGUCUCAAAUCUUUACGCCACUGCCAAGAACUGGGACAAGGUCAGGGAAGUGCGCAAGCUAAUGAAGGAUCACAGCAGCAAGAAGGUGCCCGGGUGUAGCUCGAUAGAGAUACGCGGAGCACUGCAUACAUUCGUCAUGGAAGAUCAGAGCCAUCCUCAGCAUAGACAGAUUCUACAGAUGGUCUCGAAGCUCGACUCCGAGAUGAGGAAGAUGGGCUAUGUCCCGAAGACGGAGUUCGUGUACCAUGACCUCGAGGAAGGCGUCAAGGAGCAGCUUCUCAGCCGCCACAGCGAGAGGCUGGCGAUCGCCUUUGGGCUGCUGAACACGAGCCCAGGGACGAGGCUUGUGGUCAUAAAGAACCUCAGGGUCUGCGGCGACUGCCACGAUGCCAUCAAGUACAUGUCGAAGAUCGCCGACAGGGAGAUCGUGGUGCGGGAUGCGAAACGCUUCCACCAUUUCAAGGACGGAGCCUGCUCCUGCGGCGAUUACUGGUGAAGCUCGCGACACAACCUGUCCGUUGUCCACCAGCUCCGUCCUUGCUUGGUCUCAAAUCUUUAUGCCGCUGCCAUGAACCGGAACAAGGACGUGCGGAAGCUAAUGAAGCCUGGGUGUAGCUCUAUAGAGAUGCGCGGAGUCUACUGACUGCGUGAACCAGCAUAUAGUUGAGUGCUAGUUCCAGCUGUCCUGUGCAACUGCAAACACAGUGAUUUGAUCAGAUUUCAUACUCCCUCCGUCCCAGCGAUACAUUCGUUUGAGCGACAAUUAAUAUGGGGCAGAGGAGUAUAUGAAACCGGGAUGGUUACGUUUCAGAAAUUUGAACGAAGGCUCUAGAUCUUUCAUGCUUCUAACAGAUUUGAUACCAUAGGGAGGACAAGCAGAAUAACUGUGCAGACGUCUCUCAUCAGUCAUUGUCCGCUGAAAUAAGUGUCACCCGAGUGCAGUUCCACAAGUUCACAUGCACUGCGUCUGCGUCGUCACCCCUGUUGAAAUCCUCGCCAGAGUCGUAGGCGACCGUACCUCUGAAUACAUGACGCAGCGGUCGGUCGCCGAGGUCGUCGAGGUUUACGGCACCACGACUCUACCACCACCGCCAACACCAGGACCGAUCGCGACGUCAACACCGGCCGUGCUCGGCGCGCCAUCCCGAGCCUUCGACGCACCGUCGUCAGUCUCCGCACCGGCCUCGCGAUCGUUUCAUUUUCCACCGGCCGCGGACCCGGACGGGAGGCGUGCCGCGUCGCGGUAGUGCCCCGUCGGCGAGCGUGGCCGUCGCCGUCUGAGCGGCCGCGGGCGUCUCUUGCCGUGGGAAGGCAACUCGAAGCGUGGCAAAGUUUUGCUUUGCCUUGCGUUGCUUUUCUCCCGGGGCUCGUCUCGUGGACUCGUCGUUAUCGCUACGAAUCUUGACGAGGGGAGGGGGUCCAGAUAACGCUGGACGGACUUUCGUGCCGUUCGUUGGAGCUGCUAGUGGUUGAGGAACGCUUGCUUCUCAAGUAGGAGUACUGGAGUAGGAGUGGCGGGUCGGACGGGAUUUUUUGUCGAAAAAGAUCACUUGUUCUGCCGCCACGGUGUAAGGCGGCAGCCCCUGCCGCCAGCCGGCCAGGCGGCAGGCUGCCCAUAACAGCGAGCGGUGAAUUGCUACCAGGCCGGUGUUGGGCCCUGCAGCCUCGUCCGGUGGCGGCAGGACUGUUUGCUGCAGCAAGACCCGAUGCAUGCAUGCGCUAGUACGUCGUGGCCUCGUGGACAAGCUUUGCCAUGCAUGCAUCGCUUAGCGAACCAAUCAACUUGUGCAUGC